GCAUAUUAUUGCUCAUUAUUGCAUGAUAUUCUGGAAGUUUUGAUCUGAUCCAGCUUACUCAAAGCCCAACUGUUUCAACCCAUAAUCCUGAAAAAUGAUUCAUUCACAUAACAUGAGAACAAUCCUAAAAAAUUGCCCUACCUACUAUUCACUAAUUUUACUGCAUUUGUAACUUGAUAUGCCAGAUGACCAUCACCACGUUGUUUAAUUUGUUAAUUGAAACGCUAAUAGAUUGUUGAUCUCAUUGAACAUAAUUUCAGAAUUAUUGUACAGGAAACAUGGUGGUUCGACAGUAUCAGGAAGAACUACAGUACCUGGAAAAAAUCAAUGAUUAUUCUUGGAGAAUUAAAAAGGGAUUUCAGCCCAACAUGAAUGUCGAAGGUAUAUUCUAUGUGAAUAGUACAUUGGAACGUCUGAUGCUUGAAGAAUUACGCUUCUCCUGUAAGCCUGGAUCUGUUGGUGGAUUUCUUCCAGGAGUAAAACAGAUCGCUAACGUAGCUGCUUUACCAGGGAUUGUUGGCAGAUCUGUAGGUUUACCCGAUGUCCACUCUGGAUAUGGAUUUGCCAUCGGUAAUAUGGCAGCCUUUGAUAUGAAUGAUCCAAAAGCAAUCGUGUCCCCUGGAGGAGUUGGAUUUGACAUAAACUGUGGUGUUAGAUUGCUUAGAACAAACUUGUACGAGAAAGAUGUCCAGCCAAUCAAGGAACAACUAGCUCAGAGCAUGUUUGAUCAUAUCCCGGUUGGAGUUGGAUCAAAGGGAAUUAUACCAAUGGGUGCCAAGGAUUUGGAAGAGGCCUUGGAAAUGGGAAUGGAUUGGUCUCUUAGAGAAGGAUAUAUUUGGGCGGAGGAUAAAGAGCAUUGUGAGGAAAAUGGUCGUAUGCUGAAUGCUGAUCCAUCAAAAGUAUCGACAAGGGCCAAAAAGCGCGGUCUGCCACAGUUAGGCACAUUAGGUGCUGGUAAUCACUAUGCUGAAAUACAAGUGGUGGAAGAGAUUUAUGACAAAUGGGCGGCCAGCAAAAUGGGCAUCGAAGAUAAAGGCCAAGUCUGUGUUAUGAUUCACUCUGGAAGUAGAGGAUUUGGGCAUCAAGUGGCUACUGAUGCGCUUGUACAAAUGGAGAAAGCUAUGAAACGUGACAACAUCCAAACCAAUGAUAGACAGCUAGCUUGUGCUCAUAUCAAUUCUACCGAGGGUCAAGACUAUUUAAAGUCAAUGGCUGCCGCUGCUAAUUUCGCCUGGGUCAAUCGCAGCUCCAUGACGUUUCUUACGCGACAGGCUUUUGCAAAGCAGUUCAACAUGUCUCCCGACGAUUUGGAUAUGCAUGUGAUUUAUGACGUAUCGCAUAAUAUUGCAAAAGUUGAAGAACACAUUGUCGAUGGAAAGCAAAAAACAUUAUUGGUUCACAGAAAGGGUUCAACGCGAGCAUUUCCACCACACCAUCCUCUCAUUCCAGUCGAUUACCAGUUAACUGGCCAACCCGUUUUAAUUGGAGGAACAAUGGGCACAUGUAGCUUUGUUCUUACGGGAACCGAAGAAGGCAUGCAACAAACUUUUGGUUCAACUUGUCAUGGAGCGGGGCGAGCAUUGUCGCGUGCAAAAGCACGGCGUAAUCUGGAUUUCAAAGACGUAUUAGCAAAACUUGAAGAAUCUGGUAUAUCAAUCAGAGUGGCAUCGCCAAACCUGGUCAUGGAAGAGGCACCUGAAUCCUACAAAAAUGUAAUUGAUGUAGUGAAUACUUGUCACGCAGCUGGAAUAUCACGCAAAUCCAUCAAAUUAAGGCCCAUUGCUGUCAUUAAGGGGUAGUUCUAAGUCAUGAUAACGCAAUUUAUUGCAAUGGACACAUUUUCUGUGAUAAUAUAUCAAUGCUUAAUAA